AUGUCCAGCGCUCUCCUGAAUCUCGCGCGUCGCGCGGUCGCGCAGGCACCCGCGCGCGUCGCCGCCCGUCGCGGCGUCUCCACCUCCGCGCCCAAGUUCGGUGGCGCGGACGAGCCCGCGUACAUACACGCCGAGAAGAUGUACGACGUGGGCGCGACCAAGGCGCGCCCGCUCGUCUUCGGCGUCGCCACCGCGGCCGUCGUGCUCAUCGGGGGGUACAUCCCCGUCUACGCGUGCCAGUUCCAGAACCGCAAGGCGUCCGGCUAA